AAUGUCCGAAUACUCUGACUGUCCAUCUACUCGUGAGGCACUUAAAACUAUUUUUUCGAAAGCUUCUGAUGAGCAAAUUUCAAAAUACGAGAGACAACUUGCAAAUAUAAAAAUUCUUGAUCCAGUUCUGAUCAUAGUUCCAAAUCAGAAUUGGAUCUGUCAACACGGUUGGAACAUGUAUUACACUAUUAUGGAUGGUUUUGCAACAAAUGGUCUUCAGAAUGAGCGUAGGGAUGAAAAUUCACAUGCCAUUUUUCAUUUCGCCAGUAAUACCGAACUUUAUACAGUGCGAUGCAACGUUGAAAGUCUUUUCCCUAAUGCUUUCAUGAACUCACCCUCUCUUCAAGCUUUAAUCCCUAAUCCUCGAUUACACCCAAUUGGGAUUGCCUGGAUAUUAACAAAUGUUGCAAAACGUAAAAGUGACUUUGGAGAAGAUGAAAACCUCUUUUUGGCUAAAUAA